UCCUGGAGAUCCUGCAGCUGGUGAAGAAGCGGGACCUCCUCCUCGCCGACACCCACAUCCUGGAGCUGGAGCAGGAGUGCAACGAGUCCGCCGCGGCCGCCACCGAGCCGGAGGACGCUGGCAGCUCCAGCGUCAAAGAUGGCGGCCGGAGGAAGGCGAAGGACGUAGAGCUGCUGUACGAGGAGCUGCAGAAGGAGCUGUGGGCCGUGGUCAGGGAGUCUCUGCGCUCCCCGACGGCCGGGCCAAACCUGGGCCUGGUGGUGCAGGUGCUGCAACAGGAGGAACAGACUGAUAAAGACUGGGCCGCCAGCGAGGCCGCGGCCCCAGGGGGCCCAAGGCCCCGCCGUCUGAAGCAGAGGUGGAGGGAGGCGGUGGAGGCGGUGGCUGGUGGCUCGCUGCCUCAGGAGACGGAGUUCACAGCCGGAGAGCUGGACGGGUACCUGGACCGUCUCCGGGCCCGCGUGGUGGACGACCUCGGGGCCGCCAAGAGGAACGUGGUGUCUAUUUACCCCGAAGAGUACCAGCCCUUUGAGGUGUACGUGCAGAGCUACCACCAGGCGGUUGCCAGGCGACUGCAGGCCAUCACCGAGAACCAGCUGGAGAUCACAGACAUUUACUCCCUGCUGGACUGGCUGCACAACAUGUACAACAGAGACGUUCUGGGCACGGUGUGCAUCACAAGUCCGUUCAGCCGCUCUCAUCUCAGUCCUUUGCUGCCUUCAGAGACGGUGGACAGACUGGAGCUGGACUGUCUCAACUCUGUGCGGGCGAAAGUCACCACGGAGCUGAGCCAGGUCCUGGAGGAGGAGGAGAAAAGGUGGAUGGAGACGCUGCACAUUGAGGAGUAUCAGAUCACUUUGGCCAAGACCGUCAUACAGAGGUUGCAGGUUGAUCUGGAGCGUUCUGCCUCCAUCAACAGAAGUCUGGGUUCCAGAGUGGCUCAGUGCAGCCUGAACGGCCUGGCAGACUUCCUCUACAGUUUCCAGCGUAAAGUUGAGAUGUUUCAUGAGGGGAUGCAGAGCGGUAUGUUUGGAGACAACGAGGAUGGAUACGUGUCUAAAACCAUCGCCCUGGUCAACUGCUGUCCGCCUUUCAGAGGGUUCGUGCAGCGCUGUGCUCAGUGUGAUCCGUCAGUCAGCGAGGACUCUCUGCGUCGAGCAAACAAAGCUCUGGAUCACAUCGUCCAGCAGGGGGUCAGAGUGCUGUCUGAACGUCUUUAUCUGCACAUCAGGCCAUUCUUUGAGCGGCUGGUGAAGAGGAAGUGGCUGAGCAACACUGAGCCGUACGAGCAGAUCGAAGCUCUGAUCAAAGAACACUUCAAGAAAUAUCACAGGAUGGACAGUCCUCCGUACCAGCUGCUGGUGGCGGAGGUGCACCGCCGCGUGGUGAUGGAGUACCUUCGCUCAGUCAUGCGAGGCAGAAUCAUCUGCACCUCUGCAAAGAUGAGGAAGAGGAUGGCCGGCCGGCUCCGAGACGAAGGCACACAGAUCAAAGUCCUCUUCAAAGAUCUGGAGUCUCUGUCCAGCUGGUUGGACAGCUCCCUGUCUCACAUCUCAGAGAUCAUCCAGCUGGAGGACGUCCCCUCCAUCCAGAUGGAGGUCGGAGUUUUGGUUCGCGAGUUUCCAGACGUCAGGAAGAAGCAUGUGUCGGCCAUUUUGAACAUCCGAGGGAUGACUCGCCAGGCGGAGCGUCAGGAGAUUCUCAACAUCGUCAAAGACAUCGAGAGCAGCGAUGGCGGUGGCAGUGGCAGCGGACUGGCCCGCCUGUCCCGGGAUCACGCCCUCUUCUCAGAGGUGCCGGUCACCUCUGAGGUUCACUGCCUGAACGUGGGCCUGAGCCGCAUCGCCCUCACCGCCUCGUCCUGCUUCAGCACGCUGCGGCCGCGACCCCGCAAGACCCGAACAUCUGUCCAGGAAAACCCUGAUGAUGUUCUCUGAAGAGGAAACUUUUGAGGGGUCUGAAUUGUUUUCUACUUUCAGCACAGUCACAACAAUUAUCAACUGAACCACUGUUGAUGGAAGCUUUCCAUCAGUCCAGCAAAAAUAUGUUUGUGUGUCUCGAUUCUCUCAAAGACAAAGAAAGUAGAAAUGUAUAACGAUAGUUAAAAUGUCGAACGUAGACUUUGGGAAUAGUAUGAUAAGAAGUAUUCAAAUCAUUCUGACUCCUUGAUUUAAAACUGGCUGAGAGAGACAGUUAUCGUCUGAUGAAAGUAAUCUGUGCUUUUCCUGCUGAGAGGAAACACUCACAUAGGAAAACGAAAGGAAAAGACAGAAGUCCCUGGUGGACUGCGAUCAGUAAUGAUCAGAGGACAAAAACUGGACCCAAAAAAUCAGGUGCCUGAUGAUUAAAUAUUGAUCAGUAAGAGUUCCCUUUUGUCUCUUUGGGUUAAAAUGGCUAAUUGAUCUGUAAUCAGAAAAUACUCUAAAAUAUAAGGAUGCACUUUUAACCUUUGAAUUUAGGGUUACAUCUGCUGAAAACAAAAGCUUGUUUUUAUCAAGUC